ACGAUGAAGACUCCAGCGAUAUCGGUUAGAGAUCUCAACUUCUCGUUCAAUCAAAUAGACGAUAAUGCCUUAAAGAAUAUAAAUCUCGAUAUAGAACAGGGCUCUAGGUGCUUACUAGUCGGUGCUAACGGUGCUGGGAAGAGUACCCUGUUGAGGAUAUUAGCCGGUAAGCGCUUAACAAAAGGCUACGUGAAAGUAUACGAUAGAGACGUCUUCAAGAACCCACCGGCUGGAAUAACAUAUCUUGGUACAGAAUGGGCUAUGAAUCCCGUCGUCCGUGGUGACAUACGCGUUUCAGAAUUCUUGGACUCAGUUGGAGGAUUUAGAUACAAAGAUAGGAGAAACAUACUACUUGAUAUACUCGACGUUGAUCUAGACUGGCGUAUGCAUCAGAUUUCAGAUGGUGAAAGACGAAGGGUGCAGUUAGUAAUGGGUUUGAUGGUUCCUUGGACACUGCUAUUGCUUGAUGAAGUUACGGUCGAUUUAGAUGUCGUUGUUCGCAGUGAUUUGAUCAAUUUCUUAAUAACAGAAUCAAAGGAGAGAAAUGCGACUAUCUUAUACGCCACUCAUAUUUUUGAUGGACUAAUUGACUUCCCAACUCAUGUCUUACACCUUAGAUUGGGUAGCAACAUCGGAAACCCAGAGAAAUGGCCUUUAGAGGAAGGUUCAAAGCUACAUGAGAUCAUUAAGAGUUCUAGUAUAGAAGCUUCACCGCUGUUGAAAUUAGCCCUCGGAUGGUUGCGAGAAGACUUAAUCUACAGAAGGGAGUAUGAAAAGAGUAUAGACAGACGUAGAGGUGCACGGGAAGAAACAACAGAUAGUGAAGUCUUCUACUCUAAGUUUGAUUAUUGGAAGUAAAUUAUACAUUUUUGUGUUACAACAACAUUUGAUAGCGAAUAAAUAGAUGAAGAUAAGGAAACUAGAAGCUUU